UCUCUCUCUCUCUCUCUCCUCCGCACUGGCUUAUUGAAAUUCUUCUAAACUUAUUAGCAAGAGCAAGAGGGGAGCAAGGGAUAGGUAUUUUAAUUCAGUGCGCGCGCGUUCAUUGUUGUAUUCGAAACGAUUUCUCGCGUGGAAUUAUAUAGUCGAAAUCGGAUCGAGAGUUUGCGGAAGAAAGGGAGGGAGAGAUCGAACAUUUUGAAAACGCAGUAGUUCCGGAGCAGAUACUACUGCUGCGAUCGCUUCGUCUAUCUCGGUCUUCGCUCGCGAAAGUUCGAACAGGUGAGCAAACACGCGCGUUCCAGACUCCAAACUCAGUUAUAUCUGAUAGAACGUUAUUAUUAUUAUUCCACGGAAGACAAAAACGAGCUAUUCGUGAAGGAACAUAGGACGCGCGCACGUGUUCGAAGCGCGGCCGAUUCGAAAAGCGGAAAAUCUACUCCCACCCAUCCGGCUUUUCGAAAAUCCGUUCCCACUCUACGUUAUAAUACACAUCGGCGUGUAUGCGCGCGCGCGCGACUAGACAAGGACGGCGCGAACCACGACGAGAGAAUAUUCCGUAGAUAUAUAUUCUACACAUCAGAGAGCGCGCGCACGCGCCUCUUCGUCCGAGCGUUCAGCGCCAUCCGCCGCGUGACCGUCAUGUUGUUUGCGCGGGCUAAGCGCUGCUCCUCCUCGGCGAAGGCCUCCGUCGAGGCACUGUUACUCUUCUGCGAGCCCCGUCCAAGCCUAACUCGCCAUGUCCGUGGAUUGUGUCUGGAGGCGCAGCAGGUCUCCAUGGACCGGAUGCACCGAAGCUACGAGAGGAUGCUCGAGAAGUGCAAAUCCAAGAAGCUGCCACAGGACGUCAAUCCUCGCGGAGUAUUCGCCUGCAACGAGCUGGACCUGAGGGAGGUGCAAGUUUAUGGCUUCGAUUACGACUACACGCUCGCGUGCUACAAACCCAGCAUGGACUAUCUACUCUACAACCUGGGCCGCGAUAUGCUCAUAAAAAAAUACAAGUAUCCCGAAGGCAUCGCGGACCUGGAGUACAGGGAGGACUUCGCGGUUCGCGGUCUCCACUACGACAUCGAGAAGGGACUGUUGCUGAAACUCGACAGCUUCCUGCAAAUCCAACUCGGAGCAGUGUAUCGAGGUCUACAUCCUGUGCCGGACGAGGAGGUGCUCAGGCUCUACAAGAACCGCAUCAUACCGAUCGCUUACGUCGAGGCUCCUUACAAACACUCGCACAAGGAUGGCGUUCGCCGCACGAAAAUGGUACAGCUCGCCGAUCUCUUCUCUGUCCCGGAAAUGGCUCUGCUGUGCAACGUCACCGAGUUCUUCCUGCAGAAUCACAUUGACUACCAUCCUGAAAUUCUCUUUAGAGACGUCAAGAACUCGGUGCAAAGCUGUCACCCGAUAAUGCACAAACAGGUCGUCGAAAACGUCUCGGACUUCCUCGAGCCGAACAAGGAUCUCAACAGGUUCUUCGAUCGUCUCAAAGCUGCGAACAAGAAGAUGUUCCUCGUCACGAACAGUCCUUUCCACUUCGUGGACCGGGGCAUGAGAUACCUCGUAGGCGACGAAUGGAAGGACUACUUCGACGUGGUGAUCGUCCAGGCUCGUAAGCCACGUUUCUUCACCGAGGAAUCGAGACCUCUGCGCAUCUACGACGAGAAGAACGAGACGCAACUGUGGGACAGAGUGACGAAACUGAAGAAGGGAGUGAUUUACCUCGAGGGCACGGUCAAGCAGCUGCAGGACACGACGGGCUGGCGCGGACACCAGGUGCUGUACUUCGGAGACCACCCGUACAGUGACUUGGCCGACGUGACUCUCGAGCACGGCUGGAGGACCGGUGCGAUUAUCAAGGAAUUAGCGCACGAAAUCGAAACGCUGAACGACCCGAAAUUCAAAGAGAACGCCAACUGGCUGCAGAUGCUGACAGCCCUGAUCGAGGACCACCAGAACGUGGACAGUCCCGAGGCCGAAGCCGUGCUGAUGGAGUGGAUCAAGGAGCGCGAUAGGCUUCGCAACGAGAUCAAGCGCGUCUUCAACCAGCAGUUCGGCUCGGUCUUUCGCACCUACCACAAUCCGACUUACUUCUCCCGACGGCUCUUCCGUUUCGCCGACAUCUACAUGAGCUCUAUCACGAAUCUCCUCUGCUACUCGACUAGCCACACUUUCUAUCCGCGCCGUGGUGUCAUGCCGCACGAGUACACCAGCUACUUCAUGUAGACCGGCACGUUCAUUCGAGUCACGCGCCGCGCACCGCCAAAGAAGACUUCCCGACUGUAUGCUGCUUGAUGUUUUUUUUUUUCGUUUUUUUUCGACCUCGGGAUACAACAAUGAGCGAAUGUGUUGGAUUUUAUGCGCUGCUGUUCUCUCGAUUCCGCUGUUCGAUUGCGAUGCAUGCUGUAUAGCUACUGAUGUGUGUAGCGAGGAGGAAAUUUUUCGUUAGAGCUAGAAUUGUUCGGGGAGAUGCCCCUGCGGGUCGAGGAGAAAGCUUUCGAGUGCGAAAAAUUCGAGAACGUUCGAGGAUUUCGAGAGAUACGGGCUACCUUCGAAUACGCGAUGAGUCUAUUACGGAGGGCUGCUUUCUUUCAAGAGUAGUCAGGGAAUGAAUCAAUUUUAUUUUUUUUUUUUUAAUCUAAUGCAAAUGUUUCUUCCCGCACUGUGCGACAAUUGUCAACGUGAUAUUCGUAUGAGUUCCUAACUUUUGCCGAAAAGCUGAUGUAACGAUUCUAUAUAAUUAUGAUCUUCAUCAGAGUGACGAAACGUAGAGUUUUUAGUCUCCUCCUUGCUAUACCAAGUAGAUGUAAAAUAGUUCUUUACGAGGAAUUUUGUAAAAUAGCCGAUGAAAGUAUACUCGAGUACGCUGUCGCAAUUUAUCUUUAAAAGAAGUAAUCUCCGCCGUCUCGAAAAUCAUUUUUGUCCGGACCAGAAUCUUUAGCCAAAUAUCGAGAUGUAUAUACAGUUUGGCUUUCAAUUGUGUGCCAUAAUGAAAACUAUCUUUCAAAAAUUCAAUAAUGUUCAGUAAAUCUUACAAAAAAAAGCAUCAACAAUAACCAAGCGAAUGCGUGCUCGAAUAAAAAACUGUAUAAAAUUCAACAUUAUGCACGGCAAGUAUCGAGAAAUGUUUAAUCAUUGUUUACUCUUAUCGUCAAAUCAAUGCGAAGCGAUUGACGCACAGUAAAUGAAGAAAAGAGAACUAUACGAACGCGUCUGCGUGUAUAUUUUCAAGCCACGAAGAAUCUAUAAUUUUUCAUCAAACUAAGUAAACGAGAUUAGCAGCAGCAACCACUGCAACGAUUUCAGCGCCUUUCGAUUGUCGGAGGGUGUAUAAUACUCCAGUAAGUGAGCGCGAGGUCGAUAUGCGACGCGCACGUAAAUGUGAAGCACAAGCCACUGCGCGUAGCUUAAUUCAGUAGAGUGUACUGCCUUAUUAUACAACGCAUCGAUAUGCAUGUGUACGAACGAAAUUCGAAUUUCCUAUAGACGAGCCAAGGCAAGUUUCAUUAGCCCUUUCAUCGAGCUUUCGUCUUUUGGACGUAAUUUACAUUUGGAUUCGAUUGUUGCUGUUUUGUAAUCUUCUCAAGGGAAUAAUGUUUACAAAACAGACGGCAAACAAGAGCUUAUGAGAAGUGAAAGGGUUAUAUAUAGCUGUCUCUAACGUUGUGUGUGGGGGUAACAAGUGCCAUGUGUCGAAGACAAUAGAUAGAGUUUUAAAACAUUUAUUGGUAAAAAAAUUGUUCUUUUUUGCGAAUGCUGUUAAAAUUAUGCAGAAUUUAGCUAAUUUUAAAUAAAGUUUUUAUAUUUUUAAAUCAUAGAAAGAAAUUGUAAUGCGCAUAAUGACGAAAACUAAUUGAAAUUUGCUCUCACAAGAGAAAAUAGUUAGUAUGAAAAAUAAAAGGAGUACACUUCAUAUUAAAAAUUGAAGUAGAAUAUUAAUCGUUGAUGUUAAUUUGCAGAAUGGAACAAAGUUUCUUCAAUCCAUAUAGAUAGGUAUUGGCAAAUCAACGAUACCGCAGCGCCAAAAAGCCCAUGCUAAUUUCCAUAGAGUGGCAAGUUUUCGUAACUCAGCAACACCCGAUUUUAAUUUUUGGCGCUGUGGUAUCGUUGAAUUGCCAAUUCAGAAUGACAAUAGAUUUUAGCAGCACUUGUUUUAAUCUCAAAGUUAGAAAUCAUUAUUAGUAUAUGUGACUGUUAAAAAAAUCAUGAAAAAUACAUGUAUAUGAUUGUGUUGAUUGCAAGUCGACUGUGGUCUAUAUAACAAAAAUAACUAUCAAUAAGAAAUGUGAUCGGUUGUAACUUUAUGUGGCAAAUAAAGAUAGAAGCUGAAUAUACUGUCUGAAUUAAUAAAUGAUGCAUAACUGAAAUAAAAAAACGAACAUUGAA